UGUUUACAAAAUUUAUCGAAAUCAACUAAUCAGAAAUCAGAAAGACUGACUGAAAUUUGGUCCGUAAAAGACCCCCUAUUGUCUGAUCUUAGGGUUGGAAGUGGGGUUGAAACUGAACAAAAACAAAUUCGCUAUUAGUGACGUCAACAUUUGGUACCUCUCACCGCUUUCUUCUACCCGUACUACAGCUAACAAGCUUUGUUUUCCUGACCUUAACAUAUUCUGAAUCGUAUUUGUUAUUUGUUUAUAUUCUGUGCUGCCCGACGUUAUAUUCAGUGCAAUGGUUCGUGUAAAAAAUAGAUACAUCUUGGUACAAUUAAUGUGCAAUAAUCGUUCGGAUACGGAUGCGUUCUCACUCAAUUCUUCGCAACUGAACAAUUUCCUGCGACAAAAAAUUGAAAAGUAUUAUGGCGAAUUCGGAGUGGCCAGCAUGCUUCGGUUGCACGUUAUAUACUUCAAUGAGAAAACACGACUUUGCAUCAUCCAGACCCGCCAUGGGCCCCAUCGAUUCGUGACAAGUAUUCUGCCCCUGCUGACCGUUGCUGACACAGAAAGUGUUCGUUACCGAAUCCUCUACGUGGGAGCCACCCUUCAACAAUGCCAAAAGUUCAUUGUUCGUUAUCAACAAAAUUAUGUUAAUAAAAUGAUAGGUCACUACAACGGCGAAGCACAAAAGCAACGCUUUGUGGAAGAAGUGAGCAAAAUAAAGAAGAUCUAGUUAUGCUACAAUGA